CGGAAGGAGGCCGGCAGCCGUGGGUUCUGGAGCCCCAUCUCCGCUCUGCCCACACUCCUCCGCCCUCCGCCUGGCCACCGGCAUGAAGGUCCUCGAGGCGACCGUCCUUGUUCUUCUCUGCACCGGGGCCCUCUGCUCCUUCGGAAAACAAGGGAUUUACAUCGUGCCCACCUGCUGCUCGUCCUACACCCGGCCGAUCCCCCGCAAACUUGUGGUCGGCUAUUUUAAGACCAGCGGCCAGUGCUCCAGCCCGGCCGUGGUCUUUCUCACCAAAAAGGGCCGGCAUUUCUGUGCCGAUCCCAGAGAUGCCUGGGUUCAGGACUACAUCAGCAGCAUGGAGGAGGUCUCCCAAGUGGUCCAGUGACUCAGCGUGGCCGUGGGCAGCAGGGACGCAAAGUAGGGAAAGGUCCCUGCAACCCCAGAAGUUUCUUGUCCUGUGAGUCCUCCACCGCCCCCCACUAACCACAUUCUGAAACCUUUCUUUAACUUAGUAAGGUACUUAAAUAUUGCAAAUCGUUUUAUUCACUUGAUGCUUUCUCUGAGAAAUCAUCUAACACCCUCUCACCCCCAAACCCUUCCCCUGUCAAUCAGACAGUGGUUGACCUGUGUCCAGGGUGAUGGUGGACGAUUGUGCUCCGUCUCUGGGCGGACGGGGGACCGAACCCAUCGACAGAUGCUUACUGAGUUUGUGGGAGUCCUUUACUCUGUUAAAAUCGCCAGAACAAUAAAGAUUCUUUU